ACAAAACUAUAAUAAAUAGUAAACGUCUACUGAUUCAGACAAAUAUGGAAUAUGAAAUGUCGACUUUUUCAAAAUACGGCCAGAACGUUGAUUUUAGGCCGCCAUGAAAUGCACGUUUAGUAAAAUUUUGUUAUUUAUGGCGACAAGUGGCCUGAUAGGAUUCAUUGUGUAUCGUUGGCUGUUCGAAACUCGCUCGAGGUUCGAGGGAACGGUUAGUAGUUUAGACGCUGAACACGUAGACGAGGAAAAGAGGAAAUUCGUUACAUUGUUGUCAAAAGACAACGACAUAAAGAUUGUCUACGUCGAUAAUGAUCAUAUAGAGGACACUGAAGACCCACGUCUUAAAAAGGCAGUCACUAAUACACCCGGUGACGUCACUUCUACUCCAUCACUCCAGUCGUAUUACGAGUCCAGCAGCGCGGGUACAGAAAAUCCUUACAGCAUCGAGUGGGAUGAGACGAUUGAUUAUGAUCACUACGGAAAAAUCGCCUUCAAUGAAACUAAAAGAUCAAUGGAUCUUAGCGACAAACCCAAAGACACUAUUGUUCUUGUACAAGAGCGUUACCAUAGUAACAGUCCAAUCACGAACAUCAUGUACAGAUACGGUGACCAGAAUCAGCUCACAUUCGCUCUACCAAAGAAACCAAGUUUUCAGGGAUAUCGGCCUUUGAGAUUUCAUCCGAGUUUUGUAGAUACCAGCUUGACAUUUUCUAGCCAAAUUAAUAUGCUGAUCAAUCCCACGUACCGAUACGAGACGCUGAGAAGGUUUAUGCCAAUGGACACUGUGUUCAUCGCUGUUCUAUACGAUCCUGUUAAAUCCUUAAUUUCAAGAUUGGUUAGCCAUCCCUUAUUUGGAAAUUAUAAACUUAAAAAACGGUUGAAGAUUGUUAAGAAACUGGUUCGAAGAAGGAAAGUUUUUGGAGAUGAAUACACAAAUUGUUAG